UAGACGUCUCUCCGCCGAAGAAGAGAGAGAAAGAGAUUUCUAGAGAGAGAGUAAAACCAGUCGCCAGAUUUGAUCCAAGAACUCUCAAGAAAUCGAGAUUAUUUGAUCUCUAUCUCUGUUACCAGCAUAAAGAUUCUCCAACUAUUAAAAAUCUGGGUUUGAUCUGAAUCGACAAACCCAUUAUAGAGAAUUCUGAAUUGAAGUUAGUUAUCUGUCCAUGGGGAAUGGUACGAAGGAUGGUGCAUGCAAAUCAGUUUCACAUCAGCUCUUUAAGGUUAGGGAAAACAAUCGUGUUGAUGAUCUUCAAGGUAUUUUGACUGAUCUGCAGUCAGCUAGGAAGGAGAGCCGUACGAUUGAUGUGGCUUUGCUGGAAGAGCAGGUUAAUCAGAUGCUCCGUGAGUGGAAGGCUGAACUUAAUGAGCCUUCUCCAGCUUCUUCUUUGCAGCAGGAUGGAAGUCUGGGUUCUUUUUCUGCUGAUAUUUAUAGGCUGCUGCACCUUGGUGAGGAAGAAGAUGAUGCUACUAGUGUGUUAUCUCCUCCUAAGCUUGAAUCAGAUAAUCAAAAAGUUGGAUUAGUUAAUGAACCUGUCAUUCAAGAGGGAUUCAAUGGGAUUCAGGGUCUUCCGCAAACAGAGUAUCAUUUGGUUGAUGAAUGCAAGGGCUCCCAUUCAGGAGUUCAAGAUAUAGGAGUCAGUAACAUGUGUUUUAAUUCUCAGUUGGACUAUCAAGCAUGUGACUUGCUCCAUGAUGUUGAGACCAAUUAUUUUGGUUUUAAUGAUAUGGGUCCUUGCGGACAGGAUGAUAUGCAACAUAUUCCUGGUUUAUUGCCAAAUAUAUGUCCUCCACCGUCUGCAUUCUUGGGGCCAAAAUGUGCACUUUGGGAUUGUCCAAGGCCUGCUCAAGGAUUCCAAGUGUACUGCAGUAGCUAUCAUUCAGCACUAGCAGUGAUUGAGGGUCCGCCUGGUAUGACUCCGGUCCUUCGACCGGGUGGCAUUGGACUUAAAGAUGGUUUACUUUUUGCUACAUUAAGUGCAAAAGCUGAAGGCAAAGAUGUCGGCAUUCCUGAGUGUGAAGGGGCAGCAACAAAGAAGUCCCCGUGGAAUGCUCCUGAGCUCUUUGAUCUAAUUGUUCUUGAAGGCGAAACGAUAAGAGAAUGGCUAUUUUUUGACAAGCCUCGGAAGGCAUUCGAGAGUGGGAACAGAAAGCAAAGGUUACUGCCUGACUAUGUUGGUCGUGGCUGGCAUGAAUCAAGGAAGCAAAUAAUGAAUGAAUAUGGGGGGCUUAAGAGAUCAUACUAUAUGGAUCCACAACCAAGGAAAGACUUUGAAUGGCAUCUGUACGAGUAUGAGAUUAAUAACUGCAAUGCUUGUGCACUGUAUAGGCUGGAAUUUAAGCAAGUUGAUUUGAAGAAAAGUAGCAAAGCAAAGACGACCAAUACAAAAGAUUCAGUUGCUGAUCUUCAGAAGCAAAUGGGAAGGCUUAUAGCUGAAUUUCCUGAUAACAAGCGUUCUUCCGAGGGGAGAAUAGACACAAGCUCGAAUAAUUGUUGAUAUUUGGUGUGGUUAUUACUUAAUGUAGCUGGAUAUGAUAAGUGGGUUUGGAUCAUCUAUAUCCGCCAAUAUUAGACUAAAGCGGAUAGCAAAGGCUGACUACUCUCAAAGUUGCUUCGGUCGAAUGAUGAUCCUGUUAAUAGGUAAGUUUUUCCUUUUGAGAAAAGAAUCAGGAUUGUGAAAUUGGAGGAGUAUGCUUUUAGUAUUUGGUAUUCUAGAGAUACUAACGUUUGGAAAGUCCUUUUUAUUUGAAUUUGACAUCUUUAUACAAGGGUCAAUUUGCCGAAUUUGCAAAGCCUGCCUUUGGUUAUUUGCAAUUUAAGACAAUAUAAUUAAAGGGCGCGGAUAAGUGACUGAUGUAUCUAUUGUUUGGAAGAAUACAUGAAAAGUUUUAUGCUCUUA